AUAUAGAACUCCAUAGAAAACAAUUUUUUUUUCUAAGAUUUGAGUAUGACAGAACCCUACUAUAAUUUCUUCACAGGAUGGUUCAACUUCCUUCCUCUUCAUCAACAAUAUAUUUCAUCUUCCAACUUUUGUUACAACAAAGAAAUUGCACCUUCUUCACCACCACUAAGAGAAGCUCUUCCACUUCUCAACAACAAUAAUAAUAAUAAUAAGUAUUCUUGUGAGAGUAGUACUACUACUUUUUCUCAUGAGGAAAAUACUACUACUAAUUAUUAUAAUGAAAAUGUGAGUGUAUCUCUACAUAUAGGGCUUCCAAAUUCAUGUGAAGGAGUAGUAGAUAGUGGAGGAAAUAAAGAAGAAGAUCAAUUUGAUGUGGUUUCUAAUGAUAACAAUAAUACACAAAAUAAGGGACAAUAUUGGAUCCCUACUCCUUCUCAAAUCCUCAUUGGUCCAACACAAUUCUCUUGCCAUCUUUGCUACAAGACUUUCAACAGAUACAACAAUCUUCAGAUGCAUAUGUGGGGACAUGGAUCUCAAUACAGAAAAGGUCCAGAAUCUUUAAGAGGUACACAACCAAGUGCAAUGCUAAGGCUACCAUGUUACUGUUGUGCACCUGGUUGUAAACACAACAUUGAUCAUCCAAGAGCAAGGCCAUUAAAAGACUUUAGAACACUUCAAACACAUUACAAGAGGAAGCAUGGUGCCAAACCUUUCAUGUGUAGAAAAUGUGGUAAGCCAUUUGCUGUGAAAGGUGAUUGGAGAACUCAUGAGAAGAAUUGUGGUAAGAUUUGGUAUUGUAUUUGUGGAUCUGAUUUUAAGCAUAAGAGGUCUCUAAAAGAUCAUAUUAAGUCAUUUGGACGCGGUCAUGGCGCGGUUGGGGUACCUAAUCUUGAAGAACUAGAGGAUGAAUCAACGUCCGAGAUUGAACAAGAUUUAAUGUAAAUCGUUGUUUACAGUUCAGUGCUAAGAACUUUAAAGGUCGAAGAC